CCUCCCUCCUUCAGCACCCUCAACCCACGGAGAUUGGACAGCCUGGUGCCACAUGGCAGAGAGCAACCGGGAUAAAAGAUGAGCUGGACUGGGGGACUGUAGCAUCUGCAGCAAAACAGUGGGGAGAAGUUUGCAGGGAGGUGGCACCAAGCUUCCCCGGCUGCACCGAGCCACUGCAGGGGAGGGCAGACAGACGGACGGGCGCCGGGGCUGUGGCCACUCAGGGACACCCGUGGGGUGAGCGGCAGCUGCAGAGCAUCCCGUCCCCUCUGCGCCCAGCCAUGUCCCUGGUGGUGAAGGAAAAGAACCACGUGCGGUUGGUCUUCUUGGGUGCUGCUGGCGUGGGCAAGACAGCCCUCAUCCGCCGCUUCCUGAUGGACACCUUUGAGCCCAAGCACCGGCGCACGGUGGAGGAGCUGCACAGCAAGGAGUACGAGGUGAGCGGGGCCACGGUCAAGGUGGAAAUCCUGGACACCAGUGGCAGUUACUCCUUCCCGGCCAUGAGGAAACUCUCGAUCCAGAACAGCGACGCCUUCGCCCUGGUCUACGCCGUAGAUGACGCCGAAUCCUUUGAGAGCAUCAAGAGCUUGCGGGAGGAGAUCCUGGAGGUGAAGGAAGACAAGUUCCCUCCCAUCGUGGUGGUGGGCAACAAGGCGGAGAACGGCGGCGGGCGGCAGGUGCCGGCGGAGGAUGCUCUGUCACUGGUGGAGCUGGACUGGAACAGCCGCUUCGUGGAGACGUCGGCCAAGGACAACGAGAAUGUCCUGGAGGUCUUCAGGGAGCUGCUGCAGCAAGCCAACCUGCCCAGCCGGCUCAGCCCGGCGCUCUGCAAGAGGAGGGAGACGUUGCCCAAGGAGCAGGCGCUGAGGCCUCCCAUGAACAAGACCAACAGCUGCUCGGUGUGCUGAGCCGGCCCCCGGGGCCGGGGGAAGGCGCCGGCGGCAGCGGCACCGGCUGGAAACCCAGGUGGGGAGAGGCAUCGCCUCGGCCAAAACCAACCCCCCUGCCUCCCACCCCUUUCCCUCCUCUUCCCCACCCAGCCCGCCGGGGCCGGUGAGGGUUGGCGAUGACAGGGAGGAGGGACUUGGAAGGGAUGCUGGCUGCUGGAAGGGCGCGGGGAAGAGGGCGAGUUCCCAAAAAGGCGGGGGGAGGAGGGCCAGGGAAACCGCCGUCCGGCACCGGCACGUCGCAUCCGCGGGCGGGCAGCUCCUCGCGUGCCGGGAGAGGAGGACAAGGGACGGGCCUUCGGCUGCGCUCCCCCGGCUCGCGUUCGGGGCCUGUGUCACCUCGCCCCCAGCACUUGCACGUACAACCUCCUGGCACAGCUACGGUCACGACGGCAGAUCCAGUGUCCAAAGUAGUUCUGAUUUUGUACCCUGCCGUAGAGCAUGAGAUAGGGCAGUCGAUGCAUCUCUUUGGUUAUCUCUUUUCUCUUUUUGUUUUGUUUUGGUUUUUGUUUUUUUUUUUUUCUAAAGCACACUCAAUAAACAUAUUAUUGCAAAACAGAGCUGGAAAACAC